UGGCGGUGAGGACGCUGACUGAAGGACGCCAUGCUGUCUCCCCUCAGGAGGACGCUGUCCCUCGCUGUGUGCAGGACGUCGUCCUCCAGCGGCGGCGCUGCGGGGCCGCUGUACUUCGACGGCGGCGGCGCUGCGGGGCUGGUCCUGCGCUCGCGGUCCACAGACGUGUUCCAGAACCUGGCUCUGGAGGACUGGAUCGAGGCCAACGUGGACCUGCAGCGUCGCGGCGUGCUGCUGCUGUGGAGGAACCGUCCCGCCGUGGUCAUCGGGCGCCAUCAGAACCCGUGGAGCGAGUGCAACCUGCCGGCCAUGAGGCGGGCGGGGGUUCCUCUGGCCCGCAGGCGCAGCGGCGGUGGGACCGUCUUCCACGACCUCGGGAACCUCAACCUGACGUUCUUCACGUCCAAGACGGCGUAUGACCGCCAGAGGAACCUGCGUGUCGUCACCGACGCUCUGCGGCGGCUCAGACCGCAGCUGGACGUGCGCGCCAGCGACAGACUCGACAUUGUUCUCGACGGACGCUUCAAGAUCUCAGGAAGUGCGUCCAGGCUGAGCAGGAAGUCGUCGUACCAUCACUGCACGCUGCUGCACUCUGCCGACCGCUCCGCCCUCAGCGACCUGCUCCGCCCCUCGUGCCCCGGUAUCCAUAGCAACGCCACGCCCAGCGUCCCCUCGCCCGUCGCCAACCUGCAGGACCACGCCCCCUCGCUGCAGUGGGAGGAGCUUCUGGACGCGCUGGAGCAGCAGUACAACGCAGAGUUCGGCUUCGGCGCCGCCUCCGCGCUCGUCGACCCGGACGACGAGGCGGCGUUCCCGGGAAUCGGCCGGUGCGCGGCGGAGCUGCGCGGCUGGGACUGGACGUUCGGCAAGACGCCCAAAUUCAGCGUCCGGACCGUCCUGGAGCUGAGGGACGAUGUGACGGGCGCCCGCGGCUCCGCCCGCCUGCAGCUGGAGGUGAAGAGCGGCGCGAUGGAGCGCUGCGAGCUGGAUGUCCCCGCCGACUGGCUGCCGCGGCGGCUGAGCGGCGAGCUGAGCGGCGCGCUGCAGGGAGAGCGCUUCUGCCGCCGGAGCGCCGCCGCAGCUGCCUGCGCGCUGCUGAGGACGCAGAGCGGACAGCUGCGGCGCCGACUGAGCGCGCUGUGUGACGCCGUGCUGACGGCCAUGGGCUGAAAGAAAACGCUGUUUACGAAAUCAUACUUUGUUUGUUUGUUUGUUUGUUUGUUUUUCUCAGGUUUGCAUAUCACAAUGACCGAAACGUUUUUGUUGGUUUGGACAAAAAAAAAAAGACUUUAAAGACAUUUUUUAAACUCUUUCUGAUGUUUUAUAAACCAAAAAUAAAUAAUAAAUAUUAAAAAUAAUAUGAGUAAUAAAUAUUAGAAAUAAUCUUGUUAGUUGCAGCGUGGAGACUUUUCUGUAACGUUGGUGCUAAAUAGUACAAAAGUGCCUUAAUAUGGAAUAAUUAUUCAGUCAGUAUUGAAUAAAUAAAUAAAUAGAUAAGCCACUGAGAUCAAUCAAGCAGGUGAUUAAUGGCUAUAAACAUUUGAAUAAAUUUGGCAAAGAAAUUAAUUUUGAAAUAAUUUGACAAUGCAAUAAAUGUGGAAUUAGAAAAUUUUAAAAAUCCCCUGAAAUACAUGAAUAAAUA